UGAAAAAGCAGUUAGAGGUGCAGAGGAGACAGAGGGCCGCUCAUGCUGUAAUGCAGAAUCACCAAGAGGUCGAGGAGGAGUACGACCCCGUGGAAGAAAACCUGUGCAAACACAUAGAGCAAGAAAAGAAGGCUUACAAGAGCGCCAUCGGGCGUCUCAAAGCUCUGAGGACGGAGAUUGAGCACCUGCAGCUGCUGUUGGAGAGGGCGAAGGUCAAGCUCCAGAAAGACUUCCAUCAGUGGUGGAGCAGGGAGGCUUCCAGCGUGCAGGAGCCUGAGGCCACAGCCAGAAGUCACACAAGGUCGCCAAGGGGAACCUCACAGCCAUCUUCACCCAGCACUCCAGGAUUUCGAGCACCUGUUCUGAGCAGCACUGUGAGAGACUCUCCAUCAGAACCACACCCAGUCCACUGCUCCACCUCUGUUCAAGAUCUCAGAAGCUACAUCCCUGUGAUGGCUGUCGCAGAAGGGCAUAAUGAGACCCUGGGUAGGACGGUGUCUGACUUCACUCCUUCAUCUGACUGGAGGUCUCUUUCCACCACCACACUCUCAUCCUCCUCCAUUCCCCUGACCGGAGACCAAAAGGCUGAUGCUGACAUCCUAGCAUUUGUCAGAGCAAGGCAAAACCUCCUCAGUAGGACAGGACCACCUCAAUAAUACCACGAUGCUCUGAUGAACACCUGAAGUUCCGUCAUCUAAAUGCUUCUUCAACCUCCAUCUGCAUUUAAACGAGUAUUGGACAUUAUUGAUUAAAGAUGGACGGACAUUGAAGAUCCUGAAAAUACAGGAUUUGUGAUCUGCCAAACACCAGCCACACAUCCUGUCUGAUGUUUACAUGCAGACACACACUGGUUGGCCUCCUGGAGUAUUUGUCCGGCACAAUGGGCAGCAGUAUAAAUCACAGCCUGCGCCGCACAUUUGAUCUAAACAAAUGUUGUCUCAAGAUAUGAGAGGAAGGAAACCAGGUGGCUCCAGUACGUGAAGAAUGAAUCAUGAUGUAUCAAAUGGCCUCAGGAAGUUUAACAUGCCUUUCAGAUGUAUGUUAUUUUGUGUAAAAGGUUGUAAAUAGAUAUGUAAUAUAUGUAUAGUACAUUUUGUGUAUAAGAAAAUUGAACACAAUAUCAAAUACAGAAUAAACUAUUUGAUGAUG